AUGCUGAGCUUUCCCGAUGAGAUCCUCGUCGAGGUACUCUUGAGGCUCCCUGUCAAAUCUCUGUGCCGAAUCAGGUGCGUUUCGAAACCAUGGCUCUCUCUUAUCUCUGACCAUCAUUUCAUCAAAACCUACCUCAAUCGCAACACCAACGAACUCGAACAACUCAUUCUCAUUUUGGAUUUUUCUGAUUUCUGUUCUGUGGAUCUCAAAUCAUUCCAAUUCUGUGACGAUUUUGUGGCAGUCCACUUGAAUUUCCCAUCUGAGCAAAACCCUAAUCGUUGCAUUGAUAUUUGGGGUUCAUGUGAUGGCUUUUAUGGGCUUGGUCAUGACUCAUCCAAUGAUGACUACAAAGUUGUGAGAAUUUCUCAUCAUGACCAAGAUGCUAAUUGUGCUGAUAACAUGGUCAGUGUGUAUACCCUAAGGAUGAAUUUGUGGAGAACGAUUGAGGAUUCUCCUUAUGACCAUACACUUCACGGACCUUCACGAGGGAUUCUUGUUAGAGGGGCUCUCCACUAG